UUGGAUUGUUUUGUACUUAAAAGUCAAAAUACCUGGCAGAAAACCCCAUAGAAUUCCACUAUAUCACAUUGAUUUGCUAAUUUUAUUGGAGCAGUGCUGAGAGAGAAAAGAAAUGUCUGUCCAAAUGAUUGACUACAUCUGGCUAAAGUUCCAAACCUGGUUCGGCCUAGUAAUGAAUUUGGCUGAGGAUUCGCGGAUGAUUAUGAUGCUGGUCAGCUGCACGAUGGCCGUGGCCUUUAUCCUGAAUGUGCAGUCGGGGAGAACCAUCCUCCAGGACGUGGCCCGAUCUUUGGCCAACAAGAGGCUCAAGUCGAGGCUGGACCGCCAACCCUCACCCAUCAACAUUGCGGAGAGCGGGGUUAUCAGGAGGCAGCUGAAGCUUCCUUUGAGGUGGACUCACUACGAGGAUCUUCCGAUGGCGACGGUACUCGAAAAUAAUGGAAGUACGGUGAUCCUGCGGAUUUACACUGCUCCCAACUUUUUGCCCCACAUCAGUGGAGCUGAGUUGGGUGGAAGCUACCACUUUGUGGAGGCGAUCUUCAAGUGGGGCAUCUUGCAAUCCGAGCAUUCCAUAGGCAAGCAGAAAUUCUGCCUGGAGAUGCAGGCACUUCAUCGGUGUUCCAAGAAAGGAGGUACCGUGGAGUACCUGACUGUAUCCCACCUGUUCUCACUGACUCAAGUCAAAAACGAACGACUCAAGCAGAUCGCCGAUAAUCUAAAGUGGAUCCUGCGACCAGGAUCUUCGAUUGAACUGCCGCCCUUCGACUUGGGGUCUCUACUUCUACCAUUCGCCGAGGGUCACUACACCUACAGCGGCACCUACGACAACGGGGAGGUGAAGCUGCCCACCACCUGGCUGAUCGACUCCCAGGUCUCCGGGGUCAACUCCCACCAGUUGGCCCAGUUUGGAGUCCUGUACCGAACGGAUGGCAGCAGGAUCAGGAGCAAUGUACGGGAGGAACAGCCGCUGGGCACUCGCAGUGUUCACUUCCAUUACUGA